AUGGCGGGGGAGGCGGGCGGCGGCGCGCUGGGCCGCGCGGCCGACAAGCUCUUCUCGCUCAGCGGGCUCUUCGCCGUCCGCAAGCCCAAGGGACCCACCUCGGCCGCCGUGCUCAACCUGCUCAAGGAGAGGCUGCUGGCAGAAGCUGGUGUGCAAACAAAAGGGAACAAAAGAAAUCAGGUGUUGAAAAUUGGGCAUGGAGGAACUUUGGACAGUGCAGCCACAGGAGUUCUGGUGGUUGGUAUUGGAAAAGGAACAAAAAUGCUGGGGACUAUGUUGGCAGGUUCCAAGAAGUACACUGCCAUUGGAAUGCUGGGCAAGGCUACUGAUACAUUAGAUGCUACAGGAAAAGUAACUGAAGAAAAACCGUAUGACCAGGUAACAAAAGGAGAUCUUGAAAGUGUUCUGCAAAAGUUCACAGGGGACAUCAUGCAAGUUCCCCCACUCUAUUCUGCUUUGAAGAAGGAUGGAGAAAGGCUUUCAACUCUGAUGAAGAGAGGGGAGGCAGUGGAAGCGAAGCCUGCUCGGCCAGUGAGAGUGUACAGCCUUUCUCUGCAGCACUUCCAGCCACCGCUGUUCACGCUGGGUAAAGAUGUUGAAUGUGGCGGUGGCUUUUAUGUCAGGAGCCUGGUCAAUGACAUUGGCAAAGAGCUCUCCACCUGUGCCUCGGUGCAGGAGCUGACGCGCACCAAGCAGGGGCCGUUCACGCUGGAGGAGCACGCCCUGCACGAGGACAAGUGGACAAUUGAUGAAAUUGCUCAGUCCCUGGAGCACUGCAGAGCUCUGCUCCUGGGAGAGCCAGCUCGGAAAAAAUUGAAGACAGAACAUCCUGGUGAAACUGCUGUGGUCUGUGAGGAUAAGUGAUAAGUUGGAUCAAGGAAAAAGACUGGAUGACUGAGAUGCUUUAAGAUUGGAUUGGGAUUGUCUGGCCUCCUGUGUAAAUCUACAAGUCUCUGCUGGGAAGGUGACAAGCUGCAACACAAGAGAAAUGGUUCUUUUGUUUCCUGGGGUUAGAAUGUGCACUGAAAAUAUUCAGUGCUAAGUGUUUCUUUAUUGCUUACUUUCCUUCUUGCACACCAUAACCGAUGCCAAAUUUUUAUAGACUUUUAAAGAACUUUCAGGAUGCAAGAUGGCUGCUCUUGAGAAUUCAUCAAUAAAAAAAUUAUAUACAAUAAUGUCUGAUAAAUGUGUUCCAAAAUAUGUUUCUGUUUCUUUGCAGCUGGUAAUCAAAUCCUGAAAUGCCAUGGUGACAAGUCUCUCAUAGCUUAAAGGACCCAAGAAUGUGGUGUGGCAAUUUGCUUUCUUGAAAUUCAUUUCAGGAAAUAUCCAUUUUACCAGAGUUUUUCCUAUGCAGGUUGUUCCCCAGUCAAAUGUUCCUAGAAUGCAGUAUAUGAGGGUGCUAAUAUUUUAACUUAAGGGAAUAGUUUUAAGUACAAACAAUCCCUGAAGAUGAUGGGUUUGUGCCUGCAUCUUACAAAAAGGUGGUACAUUAAGUGUUGGUUCCAAACUUAUUUUCAGUCUAAGAAUUAAAUGAACAUCGUGAAGUUCCUCAUUGCAGGGUACCUUUCCAGAAUCUAUAGGAUUUAUUUUUGUUUUCUGUACAAUAAGAAACUGAAGUCUAUGCAAGAUUAAUGAAGAUUUUGUUUAGACUGAGGAUAGACUUUGUUUUAUUCAGUAAACAAUUUUCUUCCUUUUUAUAUUCUUGUAAAGAACUUAAAGGAAAUGUUGAAAAUAGCACAAGCAAAUUGAAAUGGUAGAGCACUACAGCAGCAGCAUAUUUAAAGUACAAUAUGAAUGAAGUAAUGGAUGAAGAAAUUCUGAUUUCAAGGAUGAAGAAAAACUUGUGUCCAGUGAGGUAACAGUGGGAGAUUUUUGUUUCUUUUUGGAGUGCGUUUUCUGGUACUUUGGGUAGAAACAGGGAAACAAGAGAUUUUUUUCCUAAAGAAAUCAAAAAAAGCAGAAAAUUUAAUUUUCCAGUAUACUUAUCUUGAAUGAUCAAAGCAUUUCAUUGAAACACAGCUUCUCUUACUGUCCAAAUCUGUAUUUUCCAGUUUAUGUUAUCCCAGCGGUUUUCUAGAUUAAGUUCUCAUUUUAUUUAUCUUCCUGAUUUUUGAAAAAUAGCACAGUAGAUAUAAUGCUAUUAGUCUCCUCCUUUCAUCUUCAGGGAUUUGUUUCUUUAAAAAUCAGUGCAAUUGAGAAAUGUCUCUAUUAAUAGGGUACAUUUGGAUACAGUGUUGUAAGUGUCUAACACAUUCUUAAUCUCAUCUGCUUGUUUAAUGCUCACCAAGCCUUUCUUGCUAUUCCAUUUGAGAGCCCCUGAUAUUUUUAGUUUCAAAACAAUUCUAUUUCCAUCACCUUUUUGGUUAGCUUGCAAGUGGUCUGCUGUAAAUAUUGCUAACAGAUCUGUGAUCCUGAGAAGACAGGAUCUGCUCCAUGGUCUAGUCACUGGAGAGGAAUGGAAUGGUAAUUAAAAAAGGCAUCUUGUGGGCAUCAACAAGUUCUGGUUUGGGCUGCAAGUCCUGAUGCAUAUGGAAAGCAUAGGAAGAGGUGGAAUGCACUUGUUCAUGUUCAGGAAUCUGCACAGAAUCAGGCUGGAAAAGACCUUUAAAGACCAUCAGACCUGACCAUUACCCCAGCAGUGCCAAGUUCACCAAUUCACCAGCUUUAGCCUUUUUUCCUGGAAUCCUCUCUUCUUCCCCAGUGCAUCAGAAAUCAAGGCGGAAUUUCUUUAUCUCAAGUUAAUGACAAACUUGUCCCCACAUAACUCCUCCUGAAGUACAGAAGGUGUUUCCCUCAGCAGCUGGGUAGCAGGUGUGUUUGGCUGGAGUUGUGAGUGGCUGGACAAACCCAUGGCAGGCAGCAGGAAGUGUUCUUGGAAAACACAGUGUGCAGAGUGCAGUGAAGCCAUGAACACAUUAUGCAGUAAGCACUGAUGAGUGUCACUCCCAUUCCAUUCCUAAACACUUGAGCUGUCUGUUCAAACAUUCCAACUCCUCGGGCUCCUUCCCAGUGCUUUCCCUG